UAUUUGUUGCAUCCCUUUGUGGCGAACGCGGCAACGUUCUUGAGAGGACCUUAGUGCUCCGUGUCUAGUUCGCAGGGUGCCAAUCCACGAUUGACAGCACCGCGCGGGGAAACAUGCGGUAUUCUCAGGGUCGACUCUUGGACCGGGUCGAAGAGUCCGGAUUGCCCGGCGAGGCGGCUCUCAGUCGGAUUCUGGCCGAUCAUCCCAGGGAUUUAGUUCGCACUGGAGCCCCGAACAUUCUGUGCUCGUGUUUGCCAACGCAUUGGCGGAGUAACAAAUCGCUCCCCCAAUCGUUUCGUGUGAUAUCGUUGAGUGGGGACGUCGCCGACGGCACCCUUGUCACGUUGAAAGCUGGAAACGAUGAGAACUGUACGCCCGACAUGAAAAACUUCACGACCGUCAUGAAGAACAGCGUGGCUAAAUUCAACGAUUUGCGUUUCGUGGGUCGCAGCGGACGAGGCAAGAGCUUCACGCUCACGAUCGUGAUAAGCACCUCUCCACCUCAAAUAGCCACUUAUUGCAAGGCGAUCAAAGUCACCGUCGAUGGCCCACGCGAACCGAGAAGACAAACGUACCGAGACCCAUUCGCUCCCAUGGGCCAACGACCACCGUUGCUCGACCCCCGCAUGGGGAUCGAGUGGCAGCACCUCAGACGGAAGUCCAAUCUGCACAUCGUCCCAUCAAAUAAUGAAAACUGGCCUUUUCCCGAUUUGUCUCAGCGACUCACCAAUACCGAGGUCGCGGCUUGGCCCAAUCCAAGCUACACGUAUGCCGGAUACAUGAAUACAGCGCCUGCGGUCAACUCGAAUAAUAUGUUCGGAUGGGACCCCAAUCUGAGCUCGAUGAACAACACGUUAUCCGACGGAUCCGCCAACUCAAACACGUCACCACAAGCCACUCCGGGUCAGAUUCCUUCGAUCAACUCACCGCCAGUCGACUCCACAUCUUCAUCUCCUCUGUCGUCGUCCCGGUCAUCGCCACUUCAAAUUGUGUCGCCGAUCGAGCAGGCGGGCGCCGCGUCGAUUGUAUUCCCGACGACUUCGGAGGUCGACCACGUUCUCAAUUUCGGGCAAGGUUUGCCACCGUUGAUGCCACCGCAGCCCAUGCUCCCCCCGCUCGCCCCCGGUUCCACGCCCGAUCUAGGUAUUGUUCCAGAGAAACUACCGUCUCUGACUGGCACUGGCGGACAAGCCGUACUGACUCCUAACGGUCCAGUGUGGACUUACAACCAGCUAGUGAACUGCAACGGUACCUAUCCUCAGGCUGGAACCAGCAGCCAGCCGAACUACGCGGUGCUCUCCCCUCCACCGUAUCCUCAUCCUCAGCAGGCGAUUGACGCGUUGCAGGAAGACAGCCAGGAAUCCGAGGGUCCUCUGUUGGGCAACACCAGAUUGACCGAUCACUCGGGGCGAUCUCUGCUCGAGGCGAACCACAUGCUGAAUGAAGUUGGAACGCCGGGUCUGCUGUUGGACGAUGCCAACAAUCAGAACGCAAACGCUACCCAAGAAGUUUGGCGACCGUACUGA